AUGAGCAAGUCUACUGCAGUAGAUUGGAAUAAUUUUAUGAGGGAAGUUUGUGUAUGGAAAAUUUCUCGAGGUGAUUCCAAAAUAGGAGGUGUUGGUUGUAUUGUCGAGAUCGACGAAAGUUUAUUUGUUAGACGCAAAAAUAAUGCUGGUCGAAUACUGCCACAGCAAUGGGUAUUUGGUGGCAUAUGUUGUGAGACAAAUGAGUGUUUCGUCGCAUGUGUACCCGAUUUGUCAGAAAAUACAUUAUUGCCAAUAAUUUGCGAAUGUAUACGAGUUGGAUCGACCAUUAUAUCUGAUUCCUGGCGAGCCUAUAAUAAUAUACAACAAACCGGCCAUUAUAAUAUAUACAUUCCUAGAUUCUUAUUUGUCAGAAUUUAUGUGGCAGAGUAA